AUGGCUCUCGAUGCCCGCUCCACGGGGGGGCCCUCCAGCAACCUCUUGUCCGUCCCGCCUGCCGUCCGCUCCUCGGCUUCGACGCCUUCGCUUCGCUCGCGAGAUGGCACCCUGCCCGCAAAGAUGGAUCGAGGAGGAAACGUCAGAGUCGUCGUCCGCGUGCGGGCCUUUUUGCAAAGAGAACUUCAACGCAAGGCACGAUGCCUCAUCGACAUGGACCCCAUCACCCAAGUCACGACGCUGCUGGCGCCCGACGACCAAGACCUCGCCGAUGGCAGCAGCAGCAGCAGCAACAUGAAGCAGCUCCUCAGGUCGCGCAAGGUCUACGAGGACAAAAAGUUCACUUUCGACAGCUCCUUUUGGAGCCACGACGUGGGCGACAAGCACUACGCCCACCAGGAAGACGUUUACAACAGCCUCGGUGAGGAGUUUCUCGACCACAACUUCGAGGGCUACCACACGUGCAUCUUUGCCUACGGCCAGACGGGCUCCGGCAAGAGCUACACCAUGAUGGGCACGCCCGACCAGCCCGGCCUGAUCCCGCGCACGUGCGAGGACCUGUUUGAGCGCAUCGCGGCGGCGCAGCAGGAGGACUCCAACGUCGCCUACAACGUGCGCGUGUCGUACUUUGAGGUCUACAACGAGCACGUGCGCGACCUGCUGGUGCCCGCGGUGCCGGGUGCCGCGCCGCACUAUCUCAAGAUCCGCGAGUCGCCGACCGAGGGGCCCUACGUCAAGGACCUGACGGACGUACCGGUGCGCAGCAUCGACGAGAUCAUGCGCUACAUGAAGAGGGGGGACGCGUCGCGCACAACGGCCAGCACCAAAAUGAACGACACGAGCAGCCGCAGCCACGCCGUCUUCACCAUUAUGCUGCGGCAGAUGCACCACGACAUGGAGACGGACGAGACGACGGAGCGCAGCUCGCGCAUCCGGCUGGUGGACCUGGCGGGCAGCGAGCGGGCCAAGUCGACCGAGGCGACGGGGGCGCGGCUGCGCGAGGGCAGCAACAUCAACAAGUCGCUGACGACGCUGGGGCGCGUGAUUGCGGCGCUGGCAGACCAGCCCAAGAGCGGCGGCAAGCAGCGCAAGGAGGCAGUGGUGCCGUACCGCGACUCGAUCCUGACGUGGCUGCUCAAGGACUCGCUGGGGGGCAACAGCAAGACGGCCAUGAUUGCAUGCAUUGCGCCGGCCGACUACGACGAGACGUUGUCGACGCUGCGGUACGCGGACCAGGCCAAGCGGAUCCGCACGCGGGCCGUGGUCAACCAGGACCAGAUGUCGACGGCGGAGCGGGACGCGCAGAUUGCGGCCAUGGCCGAGGAGAUUCGGGCGCUGCAGCUGUCCGUGUCGGACUCGAGGCAGCGCGAGAAGAACGCAAAGGAGGCCGAGGAGCGGCUCGAGGCGUACCAGGAGCGGGUGGCGCAGAUGCAGCGCAUGAUGGAGGAGCGCAGCAUGGUGGCCGAGAGCAAGAUGAAGAAGCUGCAGACGGAGAACGAGGCGCUCAAGCUGCACCUCAAGCUGGCCAUUGACAGCCUCAAGAACCCGAUCCCGACUGUGGCCAGCACCAUCGAGGGCGCACGGGGUGGGCCGGGCGAGGGGGACAAGGCGGCGGCGGCGGGAUACGAGUCGGGCGGCGACGACGAGGGCGACGAUGAGCAAGGCUAUGACUCGGACAGCACGGCGCUGGGCGAGGAUGAUUUGCAGGAGGAGAUGCAGCGGUACCUGCAGGACAUGGGCAACCUGAGGAAGCUCAUUGGCGGGGACCUGUCGCGCUUCCGGGACGCCGACAGCGUGCGGAUGCCGCUGGGGACGAGGGAGAAUGUGUGA